AUGUCGCUUCAUUCCUCCACAUCUCAUGACGAGAAAACCAGUGUCGUCGACCCAAUGUCGUCCGAAGACGUGGGCAAGACCCGAGACAUUGAGAUCCAGGAACUGCCCGACCAGAUUCUUGAGGCCCACAUCGACAAGUCCAAAUGGUACAACAAGCGACUAAAGAUUGGCAAGUUCAACUGCCUGCCCUACUCAUCGUCCUUUGUCCAGAUGAUCAUGGUCUCCUUCAUCUUCUUCCUCUGCCCUGGUAUGUUCAACGCCCUGACCGGUCUCGGUGGCGGAGGACAGAUGGACUCCACCGUCCAGUCCAACGGUAACGUUGCCCUGUACGCCUGCUUCGCUACCAUUGGUUUCUUUGCCGGAACUAUCGCCAACAAGCUUGGUGUUCGAGCUACCAUGACCAUCGGCUCUUUUGGAUACGCCCUCUACAUUGCCUCUUUCCUUUGCUAUAACAUCACCGAGAACGGUGGCUUUGUCAUUGCUUCCGGUGCCAUUCUUGGUUUCUGCGCCGCCUGCCUAUGGUGUGCCCAGGGCAUGGUCGUCAUGGGCUACCCCGCUGAACACGAGAAGGGCCGAUACAUUGCAGUCUUCUGGGUCAUCUUCAACCUCGGAGGUGUCAUUGGCUCUCUUGUGCCUCUUAUCCAGACCUCUGUCGACAACACCGAGCUCGGCAAGGUUGGUAACGGCACCUACGCCGCCUUCCUGGCCCUGUCUGCGGUCGGAUGGUUGAUUGCCAUGUUCAUGCUUCCCGCCAAGUACGUGGUCAAGUCCGAUAACACCCGAGUCAUUGUCCGAGAGAACCCCACCUGGAAGUCUGAAAUCAUUGCUCUCGGAAAGACCAUUGUCACCGACAAGCACAUCAUUCUGCUGUUCCCCAUGUUCUGGGCUUCCAACUGGUUCUACACCUACCAGUUCAACCAGUUCAACCAGCCCCGAUUCAACAUCCGAACCCGAUCUCUCAACAACCUGCUCUACUGGGUCACCCAGAUUUUCGGAGCCGGUAUCAUUGGUCUGUGUCUUGAUUCCAAGCGAGUUGGCCGAAAGAACAAGGCCCGAAUUGCCCAUGUCACCGUCUUCGUGCUCACCAUGGCCAUCUGGGGUGGAGGCUACGACUUCCAGAAGCAGUACACUCGUGAAGACAUCCCCACCGGCCCCGAUGCCGACAAGGACACCUUCUGGAAGAUUGACUGGUCCGACUCUCGAUACGGAGGACCCUGUGUGCUCUACAUGUGCUACGGUCUCUUCGAUGCCAUCUGGCAGACUUACAUUUUCUGGGUUCUGGGAGCCCUUUCCAACUCUGCUCGAAAAGUUGCCGUCUACGCCGGUUUCUACAAGGGUAUCCAGUCUGCUGGUGCCGCUGUCGUCUGGCGUCUUGAUGCCACUGGAGCCGAGUACAUGAGCAUCUUCGCUUCUUGUUGGGCUCUCUGCUGUGGCUCUCUGGUGCUCGCUGCCCCCGUCAUCUGGUUCUACGUCAAGGACCACACUGAGGCUGAGGAGGACAUUCAGGAUCUCGGCCCUGACGUAGCUGUCGUGAACGCUGCUGGGGAGAAGGACCUUGACGACAAGGAGCACAUUUCUGUGCAUGAGCGAACCGAGUCGGUCUAA